GUGCACCGACAGAGCCUCUCCAGCCCAGCAGAGUCAGCUCGGAGGCGGCUGAUAUGCUGCGAGGACCAUCGGAACGUUAACGGAGACAUUACCGUCCUGGUCAACGAACGGAGGUGGAAACGGAAGCCCGCUCGCUCAGGAGAAUAUGAACAAAGCAGACGCACCAUGUCGUCCCGCAGCCUCUCUCAAAUUCACUAUUGACAACAUUCUGAACCUGAAGACAAGCGGGACCGGCUGUGAGAGCUGUCCCUCCACCGGGGAGCAGGAUGAGCUGUCCCAGAGACACCCGCCGAGACCGGAACCGGACAGGCUGACCCAGGCUGAGCUGGUCCCAAGUCGCGGUGGAAAGGCGGAACCGGUGCUGAUCAGCUGCGGGACGCAGCGGCACGCGCCCGAGACGCGCCUGGAGAGCGGGGACAGCAGCUGCGACGACAGCGGCUCCAGCGCGGCGCCGGACCCCCUUAAGGAGGACAGCGGCUCCAAAAAGAACAAAAUAGUCACGAAGAAGAAGACGCGCACGAUUUUCUCCAAGAGACAGAUUUUCCAGUUGGAGUCUACCUUCGACAUGAAGCGCUACCUGAGCAGCGCGGAGCGCGCGUGCCUGGCCAGCUCCCUGCAGCUGACAGAGACCCAGGUCAAAAUCUGGUUCCAGAACCGGCGGAAUAAGUUGAAACGACAGAUCUCCACCGACAUGGACGGACCGGUUAGUGACUUCUCCGAGCCUGGGAAGCCGGUGGCGGUGGGGCAGCUCCCGGCCUUGUACAAGGAGAGCAGCCUGCUGGGUCGGUGCCUGCUGCCGGUGCCUCUGCCGGUGGUGUACCCGGGCAGCAGCACGCCUUACCUCUGCUUCUCCAACGCCAGCAAGUACUUCAGCCUGUACGACGGCGACGGAUGACGCCACCAGAGCCCGGAACCAGACACUUUGGGUGAUUUGUUGCCAAGUUCGGAGCAUUUAAGGUCUUAGUGGUGCGGCCUGGAAGGCUUUCCUAAAGACUGCAAACAUGGCGGAGAAACAGUUUCUCAUCACUUAUGGAUAUCCAGUAUUAUUUAUUUUGAAAGUCUGGGGCCUGAUGUGGGAAGUUUCCGGCUGGGAGGCCUAAACAUCUAAUUGUUUACGUUAUUCUUUCUUCUUCUUAUUAUUAUUAUUAUUAUAAUUAUUUUAUUAUCAACAGCAGCUUAAGCCACCAAAGAAAUUACCAUAGCCUAUCUGCAUGCUUUUUUCUGUAACAAGAACUUUUAAUAUUCAGAUUAUGUAUUUAAAUGAAUGUAAUUAACAUUUAUUUUUUUAAGUUCCACGCAUGUUUAUUUAGUUGAUGAAUAUUUUACUCCUCUUACUUUAUUCCACUUUGUCACGAGGCUCAUUACUGCGGAUGUAAUUAAAACAGCGUUCAAGAAAG